AUGGCUAUUGGAGGACUGGAACACUCUCUGCGCAGAGUCGCGGAUAACAGUCUGCAGACUCUCAAAGUCAAUUGGCAUCUCGGCUUCACGUCUUUUGGUGGACCGCCCGUUCACUUCAAAAUUACCGAGUUCCACGACAAAUUUGUGAAUAAGCUGAAAUGGAUCGACGAACAAAUUUACCAAGAGCUAUUCAGCGUCGCGCAAGCUCUGUCCGGCCCUGGAAGCACGAAGAUGCUGUAUUGUAUUAAUCUCAUCCACGGCGGUUUCCUGCAAGCUGUCCUUUCAUUCUUGAUCUGGAGCAUACCAGGAUGCUUUGGCAUGUUAGGCCUCUCAGUCGGUGUCUCCAACAUAGGCGAUACCCUCCCACGCGCAGUCUACGCCCUCCUCUCCGGUCUCAACGCUGCGACCGUUGGAAUUAUCGCGCUUGCAGCCGUUGAACUUUCCGAUAAAGCCAUCACGGAUCAAACGACGCGUCUACUUCUUUCGUUUACGGCUAUGGCUGGAAUGAUGUACAAUGCGCUUUGGUACUUUCCUGCUCUUAUCGUCGUGACGGGUAUUGGUACUGUGGUUUAUGAUUAUAAGUGGCUUCAUCGUCCGGCACGCGCUGUCAAGAAUGCUUAUCUGAGGGUUCGACGGGGAAGGGUUACUGAGACGCAGAAUGCGCGCGGUGCUGAGAAUGGAACGGGUAGCGAUGACGGUAUCCAGCUUCGUGAGCAAGAGACUACCGAAACUCGAGACGCUGAACCGCGAGUCGUUCCUCAAGAGUAUCGUCUCGGCUUCUCAUGGAAAUCCGGCGCCGCAAUCAUCGUCACAUUCCUUAUCACAUUCAUCAUCGUCGUCACCCUCCGAGGAAGUCUUCCCAACGCACCACUCCUCUACAAGCUCUUCGCCAAUCUUUACCUAGCAGGAACCAUCAUCUUCGGUGGUGGACCAGUGGUAAUUCCUCUUUUGAGAGAAUACGUCGUCGCAGAAGGCUGGGUUAGCCCACGCGACUUUCUAAUCGGUCUCGCCAUUGCGCAAGCAUUCCCUGGUCCAAACUUCAAUUUCGCGGUUUUUCUAGGCGGUCUGACAGCCGUUCACGGAGGCUAUCCCGCUAUUGCAGGGUCGUUGAUAGCGUACCUUGGUAUUUUCGUUCCGGGCAUGGUUUUGGUGCAUGGAACGAUGGGUAUCUGGGAAGUUUUGCGAGGAAGACGCUGGGUGAAAUCUGCGCUGCGAGGCGUGAAUGCUGGGGCUGUGGGAUUGAUAUACAGCGCUGUAUACAGGAUUUGGCAGGUUGGGUUCAUUGAUGAGGGGUUCCAGGCGGGGAAGAGUUUGGCGGAUGAUCCGUGGUGGGUUGUUGUUACGGCGACGGCUUUUGUGGGAGCGAGGUACUUUAAAGUGCCUAUUCCUUUGGCGAUUCUUUUGGGUGCUUGUAUGGGGUUGGUGAGAUAUGGGAUUGUGUCUGCUUAG